AUUGAGGACACCUUUUUGAACUUCAAAGCCAGACUGACGACCCAUUUUCACCCGCGCUAUCGUUUUUCACUCUCGUCAAUUGUGCGUAAGCACAACGUUCUUCUUUAUACUUUGACUCUAUUUUCUUUUACGAGGUAGCCUUCAAACUAUCGCAAAUAUGCGCUGGUUACCUCUUCUCCUUUCCUUCUCCCUUCCAUUUGGAUCCGUCGCUGCCAAGAAAUCGUCCUCAGUCGAUCGAUUUAGUGAAUUCCACGCGCAAGCUUUAUCAUCUUCUCCCGUGAAGCUUUCCGAUGCGACCUACAAGAAGCUUACCUCGGUUCCUCGCGAUUAUUCCGCGGCAAUCCUAUUAACUGCCUUGGAGCCACGAUUCGGUUGUCAACUCUGCACUGAUUUCCAGCCGGAGUGGGAGGUGUUAGGCAAGAGCUGGACUCGGGGCGACAAGAAUGCCGAAUCUCGUCUAAUUUUCGGAACUCUCGACUUUGCUCAAGGAAGAGAUACCUUUAUUGCGCUUGGUCUUCAGUCAGCUCCCGUACUACUUUUAUUCCAACCUACUACCGGUCCACAUGCCGCCACUACUCUCGAGGCCAUUCGUUACGACUUCAAUGGUCCCCAAACUGCCGAGAAGGUUCACGAAUGGAUUUCUCGUCACCUACCCGGCCGACCUCACCCAUCUGUCAGCCGCCCGAUUGACUACAUCGGAUGGGUGGUAACAAUCGUUAGCGCUCUGGGUGUGUUUGGAGUUAUCUUCAAGUCCUGGUCGUUCAUCUUGCCCGUCAUCCAGAACCGCAAUGUCUGGGCCGGUUUGAGCUUGAUUGGUAUUCUCAUGUUCACCAGUGGCCAUAUGUUCAACCAGAUCCGAAAAGUACCGUAUGUGGCUGGAGACGGACAUGGUGGCAUUAGCUACUUCGCCGGUGGCUUCCAGAGCCAAUAUGGACUUGAGACGCAGAUCGUCGCCUUCAUGUACGGUCUCCUAUCUUUUGCAACUAUUUCUCUAGCUGUGAAGGCCCCGAGAACCCGGGACAAUAAGAUGCAACAAGUCAUUAUUAUCGUCUGGGGCGUCGUCAUGGUCUUGAUGUACAGUUUCUUACUCUCUGUUUUCCGAAUCAAGAAUGGCGGCUACCCGUUCAAGCUUCCCCCCUUCAUGUAAACGCUCGUAGAAGUCCCGCGGGGCACGGAGCACUUAGUUUCGGUGGGUUAGCGAAAAGGAGAUUACUGUGUCGGGUAUUAGCAUGCGGCGCAAAGCAGCCGCCCUUGAUGCAUGCACACGAUGGAAUUUGUGACGGUUGCCUAGUCAUACUUAAGGUAUCUGGGCAGUAGAGGGUUAGAUCAAAAUGGAAAAGAAAGUUAUGACA